GGAUGCGCGCGUGUGAGGCUCCGCGUGGCGGCUGCGCGCAGGAGCGGCGCGGGCUGCGCUCCCGGGCAGCGCGGGGCGGCUUGGGCCACGCCCCCACCUCUAAGUUUCGCGGUCGCCAUGACGACCGGGCGGCUCGCAACGGCGGCCGGGACGAGUCGUUGAUGCUGCGAGGCGAGUCAGGCCCCUCCGGGCCUCGCCCGAUUGGGUUGGGUCCGCGCCGGAGAGUGCCCCAGCUCCGUACGAACAGGGACUAUGAGAAGAUGGUCGUGCAGACGAGGAAAACGCCCAGAGAAGCAGCUCCACGGCCGUCCCAGGCUUCCCGCGCCACGCAGUCUAAGCGGCGACGCCGGCCCAAGGCGGCCGGGGAGCCGGACACGGAGGAGGAGCCGCAGGAGCAGAGGGACAGGCUCCAGCUGCCUCUGUCGCCUCCGCCCGUAGGCGGCGGGAACCUGCCCGGGGGCGCCCGGCAGUACUCGCCCCGGAGGCCCCGACACCUGACAGCGCAGAACUGCCUGCCGCCGGGGGUGGCCGCCAGCCCCUCUUUCCUCCACCGCUGCCGGUUCCUCCACCGUGUCCUGCAGCAGCUCGGCGAGAAGGUGCACGUGCUGCAGACGCGACGGUUCUGGGGCAGGAAGACCCUCGGCAUAGCUGCCUUUGUGGGAAUUUUGCACUGGAUACAUUUAAUAACACUUUUUGAAAAUGACCGUCAUUUUUCUCACCUCUCAUCUUUGGAACGGGAGAUGACUUUUCGCACUGAAAUGGGACUUUAUUACUCCUACUUCAAGACCAUUAUUGAAGCACCUUCAUUUUUGGAAGGACUGUGGAUGAUUAUGAAUGACAGGCUUACUGAAUAUCCCCUUGUAAUUAAUACAGUGAAACGCUUCCAUCUUUAUCCAGAGGUAAUCAUAGCCUGCUGGUAUCGCACAUUCAUGGGAAUAAUGAAUUUACUUGGGCUAGAAACUAAGACCUGCUGGAAUGUCACCAGAGUAGAACCUCUUAAUGAAGUUCAAAGCUGUGAAGGAUUGGGAGACCCUGCUUGCUUUUAUGUUGGUGUGAUUUUUAUUUUAAAUGGACUGAUGAUGGGAUUGUUCUUCAUAUAUGGUGCAUACCUGAGCGGGACUCAACUAGGAGGUAUCAUUACAGUACUGUGCUACUUUUUCAACCAUGGAGAGGCCACCCGUGUGAUGUGGACGCCACCUCUUCGUGAAAGUUUUUCAUAUCCAUUCCUUGUACUUCAGAUGUAUGUUUUAACUCUGAUUCUCAGGACCUCAAACACUAAUAGAAGGCAUUACAUUGCACUCUGUGUUUCCAAUGUCGCUUUUAUGCUUCCCUGGCAGUUUGCUCAGUUUAUACUUUUUACACAGAUAGCCUCAUUAUUUCCCAUGUAUGUUGUGGGGUACAUUGAACCAAGCAAAUUUCAGAAGAUCAUUUAUAUGAACAUGGUUUCAGUUCUUCUUUGUUUCAUUUUGAUGUUUGGGAAUCCAAUGUACUUAUCUUCUUAUUACUCUUCAUCUUUGUUAAUGACAUGGGCACUAAUUCUAAAGAGAAAUAAAAUUCAAAGAUUGGGCGUAUCUGAACUCAACUUUUGGUUAAUUCAAGGUAGUGCUUGGUGGUGUGGAACAAUCAUUUUGAAAUUUCUGACAUCUAAAGUCUUAGGUGUUUCAGACCACAUUCGCCUCAGUGACCUUAUAGCAGCCAGAAUCUUAAGGUAUACAGAUUUUGAUACCUUAAUGUAUACCUGUGCUCCUGAAUUUGAUUUCAUGGAAAAAGAGACUCCACUGAGAUAUGCAAAGACAUUAUUGCUUCCAGUUGUUCUGGUGGUUACUUGUUUCAUCUUUAAAAAGACUGUUCGUGAUAUUUCAUGUGUCUUAUCUACAAACACUUUUCAAAGAAAACAACUCCUUGAACAUGGUGAGCUGAUUUUUCACACAUUGCAGUUGUUAGCAUUUACUGCCCUUGCUGUUUUAAUUAUGAGGCUGAAGCUAUUUUUGACACCCCACAUGUGUGUUAUGGCUUCCUUGAUAUGCUCUAGACGGCUCUUUGGCUGGCUUUUUUGCAGAGUUCGAUUUGAGAAUGUUAUCUUUGGCAUUCUAACAGUGAUGUCACUACAAGGUUUUGCAAACCUCCAUAAUCAAUGGAGCAUAAUAGGAGAAUUUAAUAAUUUGCCCCAGGAAGAACUUAUACAAUGGAUUAAAUACAAUACCAGACCAGAUGCUGUUUUCGCAGGUGCCAUGCCUACCAUGGCAAGCGUCAAGCUGUCUGCACUUCAUCCCAUUGUGAAUCACCCACAUUACGAGGAUGCAGACUUGAGGGCCCGGACAAAAAUAGUUUACUCUACAUACAGCCGAAAAUCUGCAAAAGAAGUAAGAGAGAAUUUGUUGCAGUUACAUGUGAAUUAUUACAUUUUAGAAGAGGCAUGGUGUGUUGUGAGAACUAAGCCUGGUUGCAGCAUGCUUGAGAUCUGGGAUGUGGAAGACCCUUCCAGUGCCGCUAACCCUCCCUUAUGCAGCGUCCUGCUCAAGGACUCGAGGCCGUACUUCACCACCGUGUUUCAGAAUAGCGUGUACAGAGUCCUGAGGGUGAACUAA